AUGCAGGGCCGCCAAAAUAACUGUGACUCUCGUGUUACAUUAAGAUAUCAACGACUAAUGUAUCCAGAAGGUUGUGGGUAUCGUAGCGAAACUGGUGGCUUGAUGGAAUGCCUUAGGCAACUUGGCGUUGAGAAAAUACUUGAUCCAUUGGAUGACAGAAUUGCAUCUAAGGGAAAGUUACCUCCUCAUAAACGGCCGUUUGUUGAUUCUGCACCAAUUCCUCUACUUGAAAAAUCUAUACAGGAAACUAUUGAAUUUCCGGAUGAAGAUGAGAGUAUGGGUCAAGUUUUAAUUGCUUGGCUUGGUCCCACGAUUAAUGAAUUUUUGGAUAUUAGAGCAUUGGAAAUUUUAUAUGAGCAAGUAUUUAAUAUUUCGAUUAUAAAUACUUAUUUUUUUUACCUGUCAGAUUCUCCAAUUUCCGUACUACAAAAAGAAUUUGUUGAAAUUGAAGAGCCUUUAUGCACAGACAUUGAUUUCUCUAUCCAUGAACAAACUCGGACAGCGAUCUUGGCAACCUUUGAAAAUGUUCCAACAGAAGAAUUGGAAGAUCUUGUUACUGGUUUAUUUGAUGUAUUUAAAAGAAUUGUUAAUGAAGGAAUUGAUAUGGAACGUAUGAAAAAUGUAAUUCACCGUGAUAGACUAAAGACUUUAGAUGAAAUUGAAGUAAAUCCGCAUACUGUAUUUUCUGGACUUUGUAUUGUAGACCAUGUGUAUGGCAAAGAAACUGGUGACGACCUUGAAAGGGCUGUUAAAGAUCUGAGUUAUUAUGAACAAAUUGCAAAUUUUUCUGAGAAGCAGUGGAUCGAAUAUUUGAAAAAGUAUCAUAUUGACAGUCCGCACAUCGCGUUAUUGGGAUGUCCGUCUGCAGAAUUCGCAAAGAAACUUAUAGACGAUGAGCUUAAGCGCGUUGAAAAACAACGUGAAACGUUAGGUCCCGAAAAAUUAAAGGAAUUAGAAAAACAAUUAGAAAAAGCAAAAGAAUCAAAUGAUGUGCCCAUUCCGCCUCAAAUUAUUGAAAAUUUUCCAAUUCCAGGUGUUGAAAGUAUAACAUUUAUAAACGUUAUUACCGGUCGAAAUAAAUCAGAAGGAAAAUUCAAAAAUAUCGUUCAAGGUUAUCUUGAUAGUGACAAUUCGGCAGACAUUCCAUACUUUAUUCAAUUUGAUCAUAUUCCUUCUGCAUUCGUAUAUAUUUCUGUCUAUAUCACCACAGAACCUAUUCCCGUCCACCUUCGCCCAUACCUGGAAAUUUAUCUCGAAUCAUUUUAUAGUCUGCCGUUGAAUAGGCCCAAUGGUGAACAUUUGACAUUUGAACAAAUGGUUAAUGAAUUGAACACAGACACCAUUAGCUAUGAAGAUAAUUGGGGAAUUAAAGGAUUUGAAGGAAUGAUUUGUUUUUCUCUCAAAGUUGAAGCUUCUAAAUAUGCAACUGGAAUUCAAUGGUUACGUGAUUUAUUGUGGAAUACGGAAUUUACUGCCGAAAGGCUUAAAAUUUGUGCUUCAAAAAUACUAAAUGAUAUUCCGCAAACUAAGCGCGAGGGAUAUGAAACAAUCCAUUAUGAUCGCUUACGUUCAAAUAAGUAUGUUUUAGGCGUUUUGAACCAAGAAAAGGUUUUACCCGAAACUAUUAAAUUAUUAGAAGAAAAUCCAAGUAAAGCUAUUGAAAUGUUUGCAAAGCUUAAAGAGAUUUUGAUUUCCCCAGAAAAUUUCAGAAUUCAUGUGAGUGGAGAUAUUGUGAAAUUGCCAAAUCCUAAAAGUGCAUGGGCAGAGAAUUUUAAGAAUAUCUCGGAUACAAAACCUUUAUUACCAAUUCCCUUACCACAAAAUGUCUUGACUGAAUCGGGACGUAAUCCCGGUCCAACUACUUUUGAUUCGCCAGACCUUGCACCAUUACUUGUACUAUGUGAGCUUUUACACACAAUGGAGGGUGUAUUCUGGAAAGCGAUUCGUGGCCAGGGAUUAGCUUAUAGUGUUUGGCUUAAAGUUAGUGUGGAAUCAGGUCAUAUUUCUUUUGCCACAUACAGGUCACCUGAUGCAUAUAAAGUUUAUGAUCAAGCUAGGAAAAUUGUAAAUGAUUUGGCUUCUAAAAAGGUUGAAUUUGAUAAGUCUGAAUUAGAAGGUGCAAAAAGUGGUGUCAUUUAUGGUCUUGUCAGCAAAGAGGCUACAGAAUCAUUUGUUUCACAAGUUUUAAAUAAUUUGGAUUCUGGUUUUAAUAAAAAAUUAAUUUCAAAGGUUCAGGCUGUGAAAUUUGAAGAUCUUCACGUUAUGUUAACGAAAUAUAUAACGAAAUUAUUUAUGCCUGAAACUUCAAAUGUUGUUGUUAUUUCAACUCCUGGUAAAGUUAAG